GUCAAGAAAAAAGAAAAAAAAAACAUGAGGAAAGUAAAUGAACAAAACCCAGGGCUGAAAACCUUAAACCCUAAAAGCACCAAUGAAGCGGUCUCUGCUCAGAAAUGUCUCUCACUUGGCCCGAAAUCAUUUUCUUUCGUCUCCCACUCCCAUUCCAGGACCCAACCCUUCACUCCUCCUACUCCCCGCUUCGACUCGCUCCAGACUCCGCUUCAGGCUCUUUUCUUCUGAGAUUAACUCCUCCAAUGAAACCCCUAAUGCCGAAUAUACGACCGAGGUCUCCCAAUCCGUGAACAAAGAUAUCUCUAUUAAUGUCCAGGAUGUUGGUAACAAAGAACUGAAAACCAGGAUAGAGAAAUACUUCAAGGGUGACAAUGAAGCUCUGCCAGAGAUUCUUGAAGCAAUUCUGCAGAGGAAGUUAGCAGGAAAGCAUGAGGAGACAGAUGACGAGUUGAUGGAAGAGCUCCAGUUGCAACCCUUGAAUGAUGUUAAUGACAAGGAAUUUGAAUCAGAUUUUGAAGAAAUAUAUGUGACUGAUGAAGAGAUUGAUAACCUGUAUGAUGCAAGAAGUAUUGUAACAAAGAAACUGAUGAAGGAUGAGUAUUUCAAUAUGGAUGAAAAGAAGUGGGAUGAUAUUGUAGAGGAUGCUGUUAAGCAUGGGUUUGUCAAGGACACCAGAGAAUGUGAGGAGAUUCUCGAGGACAUGCUUAGCUGGGAUAAACUUCUUCCAGAGGAUGUUAAAAAAAAUGUUGAAGCAAAGUUCAAUGAACUUGGGGAUAUGUGUGAAAGAGGGGAGCUUGAACCGGAAGAUGCCUACAAACUGUUCAAGGAGUUCGAGGAUAAGAUUGUGGCAGAAUCUAUGGAAAAGAUGGAUGCAGAGGAAUCCCCAAAGUUUGAUGAAACUGAUUUGGUGGACAACAAGAAAGAUUUAGAUGAUCCACCAGGUGAGGGACCGAUUCUUAGGUGGCAAACACGAGCUGUGUUUGCUCCUGGUGGUGAUGCUUGGCAUCCAAAGAAUAGAAAGGUGAAGUUAUCUGUUACAGUGAAAGAACUUGGGCUUUCAAAGUACCAAUUCCGUCGACUCAAAGAGCUGGUUGGAAAGCGUUACCAUCCGGGGAAAGAUGAGCUUACAAUUACUAGUGAGAGGUUUGAGCACCGAGAGGAAAACAGAAAGGAUUGCCUUAGGACUCUCCUUUCUCUUAUUGAGGAAGCAGGGAAGGCUAACAAGCUGGUAGAUGAUGCUCGGGCUGCAUAUGUGAAGGAGGGAUUGAAGGCCAACCCUGCAUUUAUGACAAGGUUGCGUAUGAAGACCUCAGAAUUGCAAGGAUGUAGUACUGUGCCUGCUUAAAUUUGGUCUUUGAUGGUUAGUGGUUGUGUAAAAACAUAUUUCAAUUGAAAUACCAAUCAUUGAAGUGUAGCCAUUCCAGUAGGCGGAAGCCACUCCAAGAUGACUAUUUUGCAUUUCAGUUUGUUCUCACAAUUCAUAUCACAUCACAUGCAUGCAUGCAUGCACAUUGCUAGUUGCUGAUUUAGCAGCCUGCAUUUUUGUUCCUGGAAUCUUUACAUGGAUGAUAUAAUUUCUUGGGAAUAUAGAUGUUCGUUUUUAUUAUUGUACCAAGAAGUUUUCAACUUCCAGCAAUAAGUAUCUUGAGAAUAUAACGUAUGCCAUUUACUUUC